AUGCUUAGUUCACAAAAUAACAAAGAACAAGCUGCACAUAUCGUUUUAUCACAAAUAAGUUUAUUAAUUAUCACAUCAACAGAAAAAAACUUUUCAACUACUUACAAAAAAGUUUGCUACAUAUUAAACAAUUCAUCAACAUUUGUUAAUUUAAGUUUUUGGAAAAAAUAUUUACCUCUUUGCUCGAAUAAUACGGUCACUUUUAAUAAGUUACUACAAAAAAUAUUAACCAAGACUUUACAAAAUCCUUUAUUAUUCAGUUUUUUCCAAAGUUUACUCUUUACAAAGAAAGGAGAAGAUAUCACAGAAGCAGCAUCGGAUUCUGCCAUUUUCACUUUAGUUUCUACAAUUAAAACAUACUUUCCACAAAGUUAUAACAAAUUAACAACAUCACAUACUAAUCAUAAAACACAUAAUAUGAACACUACUAACUCACAACUAUUAGAAAAGUUUCUAGCCAAGGAAAAUACCUCCACUGCAUCUUUCCCACAAUUUUUGAAUGAAUUUUUGGGAUCUUUUCAAGGAGAAGCCCUAAACGAUUUAGUUGCAUUAUUAUUAGCAGAACUAUUAUCACCUGGUUCCCAAAAUUUUUCGUCAACGAUUUCUCAAUGGUUGACUCCAGUUUCCAACGAACAAGCAACAACUAUGGGUUUAACCAUAAACAAAGCCUUUAUUUUACUGGGAAUAGACAAUAUCGAUUGGAUGAGAGUCUUCAAUUUAAUGUCCACCAAGUAUUACCUAAAUAAAUCUGUAUCUCCAACUGCGGCUUCGUUAAGUUCUUUAUUUGCUUCUUUAAAUAACGGAGAUUUAAUUAACAAGUUUUUCAAAUGUGAGUGGUCUACUCAAUUAAAACUUAAUAUUUCUUUGUUAUUGCAUAGCUGGCCCAAACAGCAAAGUUGCAUUGAUUUGUUAACCAUAGAUGGUAUAAAUUUGGUAUCUCCAGGUAAUGCAUUCAUCAAUACUAAAAAAUCGUUACUAUUUUUAUUGCCUGUUGCCUCUUUGGAUUUAGAACUAUUUUUGUUAAGAGAAGAAUUGGCUGGUAGUGUCGUUAUAAAUCUAUUCCAUGAGUGUUUUAUCGAGGAUUUCAAUUUGGCCCCAGAAUAUUUACUUUUAGCACUAACCAAAAAUAUAAAAUAUUUUAAAUUGCUUAUUGAAAAUCAGUCUUUACUCGAUGAUUUGUUAAUUGCAUUGACUAUUCAAUCUUUUAAUUUUAAUUUUGAUGUUUUCUCCUACGUAGUUAAAAAUAAUAUUUCUAAACCGGUUUUAACUCAUAUUAUAGCCCAAUUAUCUAGUAGGGAAACUACGGAUAUUAAAAAGCUAGUUCGAUUUUUGCUUUCUUCGGCAGAAAAUGGAGAAGAGGGGAAAGCUCAUGAUGCAAAGUUUUUCACCAGGUUAUUAGAAACAUCUCUACCAUUAGAAUAUGCUUUAAGAUUAUGUCCUAGCGCUCUUAAAUGUGGUUGGAAUGGAUUUAAUGAGUUUUUAGAGAAAAAAUUGAAUAUUGAUUCUGCUUCCAGUAUUUCUGGCUUGUUUGAAAAUUUAUCUUUUCAAGUUUCCAUGGAUAUCAAUGCACCAUUUAGAGAAGAUAAGUUGUUUGAUUUGAAAUCCUUGUAUUUUAUUUUAAAUCUUUUAAAUGAAACACCGCUUUCUGCUCAACAAAGAGCUACCUUUGAGGAUAUCAAAUUUUCCUUGGUUAUUACUUUCCCAAGACUAAUCAAUUAUGGUUACGGUAAGGAUAACGUUAUUUUGGCUGGUGGUGAAAGUGUAGUUCCAAUUUCAAAAGAUGUUGAAAAGGAAAUGCAAAAUUACUUACAGAAAAUGUACAAAAAUGAAGUUUCCAUCAAGCAAUUAAUUGAUAUUAUGAGGGACCUGAAAGAAAGCGAGAAUCCUAGAGACCAAGAGUUAUUUUCUUCUAUUAUUCAUGCAGUUAUAUCUGAAUCCACAUUUUAUAAGGAUUAUCCGUUAGAAGCCUUGGCAACUACAAGUGUGUUAAUGGGCUCCAUGGUUUUGUUCCAGUUGGUUCGUGGAUUUGUUUUAGAUGUGGUUUUACAAUUGAUUUUAACGUUUGCCAGAGAAAAUGUAAAUUCCAAGAUGUUUAAAUUUGCUGUUCAAGCUUUGUACGCUUUUAAGAUCCGAUUAUUGGAAUUUCCCGGUUUUUGCAAAAAAUUGGUUGAUAUGGCACCAGCAUUACAAAUGCAUCCGCAACUAUACGAACAGCUUUUGCAAUCUGUUCAACAAGCUAGUUCGAAUUCCUUGAAAACUGCAGAAAAACCAUCACCUAGUGCAGAGGUUGUUAAUGUCAAAUUUUUUAAUGUAACUGAACCUAUUACUCAGAUUGUACAGGAAAAUCCGCCAAAAGAUGUAGCUGAAAAAGUUCUUUUUGUUAUAAAUAAUUUAUCCGAAGACAAUUUUGAGUCUAAGAUUGGCACUUUAAGGAACAUACUAGAACCAAAAUACUUUUCUUGGUUUUCAUUGUCCUUGGUUUCUCAGCGUGCAAAAACUGAGCCUAACUAUCAUGAGUUAUAUUCCAGAAUUAUUUUCUCUUUAAAUCAUAUUUUAUUGUAUGAAUAUACGUUACAGACCACUUUUAAGCAGGUUUCCCAUUUAUUAUCAAUUAGGGACAUUCAAUCUACCGAGAAAAACCAUAUAAAAAACUUGGGUUUAUGGUUGGGCUGUAUCACUUUAUCCAAGAACAGACCCAUAAUGUAUAAGAAUAUUGCUUUUAGAGAGUUGCUACUUAAUGCUUAUAAAACAAAAAGAUUGGAUGUUAUUGUUCCCUUUGUUUGUAAGGUAUUACAGCAAGCUGCAAAGCCUGCUUGUUUAUUUAAUGUUCCAAAUGCUUGGACGAUUGGUAUUUUAUCUGUAUUAGUUGAACUAAAUGAAAAAUCUAAUUGGAAGUUAAGCUUAACUUUCGAGGUAGAGGUUUUAUUAAAGGCUUUUAAAUUAAAAGUUUCUGAUAUUAAACCUUCCAACUAUUUGGAUACUGAAAAUUCUGAUGAUAUUUUAGCUGGUUUAGUUACUGGACAUGAAAUUCCACCAAAAUUUUCACAAAUGGAACAAGCUUCUCAGUUAUUUUUAAUGCAACAAUAUCAGCAACAGUAUUUAGUAUUGCAUCAAAGACAAAUACAACAGCAGCAGCAGCAGCAACAGCAACAACAGCAACAACAACAGCAACAGCAACAACAACAACAACAACAACAACAACAACAACAACAACAACAACAACAACAACAACAACAACAAAGACUUAUGAAUAACAAUGUAAAUAUUAUUGGUGACAGAAUGAGAAACCUAAAUAUUGAGCAAAAACCACAAAUUAUUCCCUCGAACGAAACACCGUUUGGAAACUUGAUUGGUAAUACCACUUUCGUCACUCAUCCUGAGUUGAAACAAUUUUUCCAAAUGGCUAUCGCUAAAUCUGUCCGUGAGAUUUUGGUACAGGUGGUUGAAAAAAGUUCUGGGAUUGCAGUUAUUACCACAACUUCUAUUAUUUUGAAGGAUUUCGGUACAGAAGUUGAUGAAUUAAAACUAAAAACUGCUGCUUUUUCUAUGGUUAGACAAUUGGCUAAGCAAUUAUCCUAUGUUACAUCUGUUGAUAUUUUAAGGGAUACUAUACGUGCUACAACACAGACUUUGGCUGCCAAUUGGAUGAAUCUACGCGGAGCUCAAGAAGAGUUAAAUAUGGCUAUAAAUGAUAACAUUGGGUUGGCUCUGUCACUAAUUGAGAAAGCUUCUAUGGAUAAGGCAACACAGGAUAUUGGUGAAAGGUUGAUGCAAGCAAUUGCUAUUCGUCGCUAUCAUAAGGAAAAACGUGCUGGUCAGCCCUUUGUUUCACCAAAUUUUAAUAAUAUCUCGGAAUUAUUACCUGAGCCAUUAGGCUUGAAAAGCACUGGUAUUACUCCUCAGCAAAUGAGGAUAUAUGAAGAAUUCGGUAGGAUGAAUGGUGGCGGUUCCCUGAUACAAAAUUCCAAUUCCAAUGUACAAACACAGCAGCAGUACCCUGAAAAUAUGUCCAAUGUUGCUGAACAGCAUAAUUUGACUGUUGAUCAACAACAUCAAAAAAAUAUAUUGAUGCAACAAUUGAAACAGCAACAACAACAACAACAACAGCAUGCUGCUGCUGCUCAACCUGUGCCCCAACAGCAACAGAUACAAAAUAGCAAUGCUAUGAGAACACCCACACAACAAGCCAAUGCAACUAUAAUUAAUCCUGUGAUUAAUGAAAUUGAUACUCAAUUAAGGGUAUGCGCUCAAUUAAUCGAAGCAUUGACUAACUUUUGUACAGAGAACAGUAGCUGCAAAUUUGAUGACUUGCCAGCGGAGAAGAAUUUGGCUCAAGAUAUUAUAUUAAAAAUUCUAGCUAUUUUGGUUAGAUCCAAGCAGAGGGAUUCUUUGGCUUUAAGUUUGUCUCAAGGUACCGUUAGUCGCUUAUUCCAACUUUCAGAGCAUCCAUUAGCUAUUGAAUCCUUUACUAGAUUGUUGGAAAAAAUGUGUUUAUUUUCAGUGGUGGCUAGAAAGGACGUGACGUGGUGGUUGGUUUAUGCAAUUGACCCAAGAAAAUUCAGCGUACCUUGCAUUAAAGCAUUGGUCGAUGCAAAAUUAAUUCAAACAUCUGAAUUGGAUACACUACUCUCGUGUUUAUUAACUGCUCCUUUGGAAGGAUCUGUUAAGUUCGCGAUUGAGUUAAUCGAUGCCUUUGUUUUGUCUGAAAAUUCCACGCUAGUUAGAAUGGAUUUUAUUAAAAGCUUGAUUUUGUUACAAAAUGUUAAAGAAGCUUCGGAAUUUUUGAAGAAAAUAGAAGACUCGACCAUUUCCUUGGUUCCAGCCAAAACGGAAGUGAGCCGGACUGAAUUGUUAUGUUUGGUUUUUACUGAAUGGAUCACCUUGGUGCAAAAAAUUGAGGUUGAUCAUUAUAUUGUUAAAGCCUUUAUUAAACAAUUAGUCGAUACACAUGUAAUUGACACACACGAAAAAUUUGUUGAAUUUUUUGAGGCUUCUAUUUCCUUGUCGGUUGAUGCCUUUAAAGAAAGUGAUCCAACAAGCGAUGUUUUUGUUUCUAUAGAUGCGUUGGCCAAAUUCUUUGUUCAAUUAUUAAUUUAUUUGGAUUUUACCGAAGAGAGUAGAAAAGACUUUUCUUCUUUGGUUUUAACUACUUUUGUGUUGAAUAUGACUAAUGAUCAUAAAGAAAAUGGGAAAGAUUUCAACGAACGACCAUAUUUCAGAUUUUUAUCCAUUUUGCUGUGUGAAUGGGAAAAAUUAAGUUGUCACAAUUUUAUCAGGGUAAAGGAUCAAACUUGCAGAUGUGAAUUGAUUGAGUUUGACAAGGACUUUUAUUCCAUCUUUGCCAGCUUCAUGCGUGUAUAUCAGCCAUUAGCAUUCCCUUGUUUCGCUUUUGCUUGGGUUACGUUAUUAUCUCAUAGGAUGGUGUUACCUGUCUUGUUGAGAAUGAAGGAAGAAGGUGGCUGGGAGAAGUUGAAUUUGUUAUUUAUUGACUUGUUUAGAUUUAUAGAUUCAUACUCCCGAGUUGGAGAUGUUCCUGAUUCCAUUUCUGUUUUGUAUAAGGGUUUGUUAAGGGUAUUUUUAGGUGUUGCUAAUGAUGUUCCGGAAUAUUUUGUUGAAAACCAUUAUACUUUACUUAAUAAUUUACCCGCUUCUUAUUUACAAUUGAAGAACAUUAUUUUGAGUGCGUUCCCCAAGAAAUUACAAUUUCCAAACCCCUAUAGCGCGGAUAUUGAUAUGGAUGUGUUAGAAAUAUGCAAAAAAGUACCACAGGUUGCUUACGAUCCCGUUCAAGAUUUGGGUACGUUGAAAAAACCUGUUGAUAGUUAUUUGCGUAUUCCAUCUUCUUCGUUGAUGAGAACCAUUAAUAGCAAUGUUAAUGCACUUAAGGAUUUGAAAAAAGAACAUGGUGUUGGUUUUGAUGAAAUCGCUGUAAACGUGAAAUUGAUCAAUGCUAUUGUUUUGCAUAUUGGUAUUGAAGCUGCCACUGAAGCGUUGAAUACCACUAAAAACGCUAUUUUCAAUAAGAAUUCUUCUUAUUUUACGUUAUUAUUGGGUUUAAUUUCCAAUGGGAGCCCUUCUGCUAAAUAUCAUAUAAUUGAGGCUAUAGUUUGUCAGUUAAGGUAUCCAAACGCUCAGACCCAUUUUUUCAAUUUUGUGAUUUGCACCAUGUUUUUCACGGAUUCAUUGUGGGAUGGCAAUGGAGCAGAGGUACAAGAGUUGAUUCUAAGAUGCUUAUUGGAAAAGUUGUUUGUUUUUAAACCACACCCAUGGGGUGUAGUUGUUACAUUCACAGAUCUUUUGAAAAACAAGGAUACCAUGGAGUUACCCUUCAUUAAGCAAUCAAGUGAGAUCCAAAGUGUUUUCAAAAGUUUAAGUAAGUUUAUCUCCAUGGCAAAAGUUGAAGUCGAAAAGUUGGACACCAAGAGUAUUGUCAACAAAGAUGGUGGUAACAACAGUAAAGAAACUGGAGCACAAGCUGUUUUGGCUUGA